AUGAAUACACAUAAAGAAGAGACACCAUAUUGCAUUGUAUUGCACUGUAGAAUCGAGAGAGUGGCUGCACACAGCUGCACAUUAGAAUUUUUUUUUUUCAAUAAAAGAUAUUGUUUAUUAUGGCCACCAUAACGAAAUUAGCUAAAAUGAAUUUUGUGAGUAGACGCUUGUAUAGUUCCAAAGUCAAAUUAAACGAUGUUGUAAUAGUAAGUGCUGUGCGUACCCCAAUGGGUUCUUUUCUUGGAUCUCUUUCAAGCAUGUCAGCUACUAAGCUCGGUGCAAUAGCUGUGCAAACAGCUAUUGAAAGAGCAGGUAUUUCCAAAGAACAAGUCAAGGAAGUAUACAUGGGCAAUGUCUGUCAAGGUUUUUUGGGUCAAGCACCAGCUAGACAAGCUGUAUUAUUUGCAGGUCUUCCAAAGUCAACAAUAUGCACAACUGUGAACAAGGUUUGUGCAAGUGGCAUGAAAAGUGUCAUGCUGGCUUCUCAAUCGUUGCAAUGUGGCCAUCAAGAGGUUGUUUUAGCUGGUGGUAUGGAAUCUAUGUCCAAUGUACCAUAUUAUUUAGCACGUGGUGAAACAUCGUAUGGUGGAGUAAAACUUGAGGAUGGCAUUGUAUUUGAUGGAUUAACUGAUGUUUAUAAUAAAUGUCACAUGGGUAACUGUGCUGAAAACACUGCUAAAAAAUUAAAUAUCACUCGUCAGCAACAAGAUGAAUAUGCUAUCAGCAGUUAUAAGCGCAGUGCAGCAGCUUAUGAUAAUAAUGUAUUUAAAGAUGAACUUGUAUCUGUCAAUGUACCUCAAAAGAAGGGUAAACCAGACAUAAGUUUCACUGCAGAUGAAGAAUAUAAAAGAGUCAACUUUGAGAAGUUUGGAAAAUUGAGCACAGUUUUCCAGAAAGAGAAUGGUACAGUAACAGCUGGAAAUGCAUCCACUUUAAAUGAUGGUGCUGCUGCUUUAAUCUUAAUGACCAGUGACGCUGCUCAAAAACUAAAUGUGAAACCGCUGGCUAGAGUUGUCGCUUUUCAGGACGCGGCGACGGAUCCUAUAGAUUUUCCAAUCGCCCCAGCUCUUGCUGUGCCAUCGCUCCUUCAAAAUGCUGGAGUUAAUAAAAAUGAUAUAGCUCUGUGGGAGAUCAAUGAAGCAUUCAGCGUAGUAGUUGUAGCAAAUCAGAAAUUACUUGACAUCGAUCCUACUAAAGUAAAUAUUCAUGGUGGUGCCGUUUCGCUUGGACAUCCUAUAGGCAUGUCAGGAGCACGUAUCGUAGUACACUUGGUACAUGCUCUCAAAGCUGGAGAAAAAGGCGUCGCAUCAAUUUGCAACGGAGGCGGUGGUGCGUCAUCAAUCUUGAUUGAGAAAUUGUAAGUUCGUAAAUCAUCACGGUGAUCCAACAUCAUCAACGAUAUAAAUCAUGUAUAAAGAAAAGUAAUUAUUUUUAUACUACAAAACUAUAUGCUGUUAAAACAAUAUUCUAGAGUUUUAUACCUUUUUUAAUUUGAAUUAAAUAAGUAAAAUUUAUUGUUGUAUAAAAACGUUUUACAUUUUUCUAUGACACACACACACACACACACACACACACACACACACACACACACACACACACAAAAUAUGUGUAAUAUAAAAUGGCUUGCAAUUGACACAUGAAAGUACAUUUAAACAAAAAAAUAUUUUUUACUGUAUACUUUUGCUGUAUAUUUUAUUAUUGCUCAAAGCAUAUCUUUCGCAUAGCAAACUAACGCUAUUUGUCAUCAUUUUAAUGUCAAAAUGACAUCUUUGACGACAUUUUAACAUCAAAAUGACCUAGCUUGCUAUCUUAUAUACUUUGUUGUUGUUAAUACAAAAAUAAACCUUUCUAUCAACGGCUUGA